AUGACUGAAGUUGGAAACAUCGGCGUAACCAGUCCGUCGCUGGCUUCUCCGCGUAUCAUGCGGCCCGUGCGGUCGCAGGGCUCGUUGGAAAAAACGGUGUUCGCGACCAGUCCCGAGGCGACUCUGAGAGCUAUGGACGACGUGAUUGCUCGUCUUGGACCCGUCUCUGCGGCAGCAGGCAAGGAAAACCAGAGCCCCACCAAGCCGGGGAAGCUGUCCGUGUCCGAAUCGGAUCUGUACCUGACCGGGUGUGAGUGCUUGGAGGUACUGUGGGGGUUUGAGUCCAAGAAGGCCGUCAAGAGCUCUGAAAUCGACCGCAGACAGUUGCUGCUAAUCCAGAAACUCGUAUCGGGCUCGGAGAAGGAGAUUGGAUUUGCUCUGGAGCAGAUUGUGGUUAUUUUCAAGCGACUGUUGCGACGAAUCGCAGUGGACCACGAGGUGUUCAAAAUCGACACCCAGGACGCACAAUUGAGCAAACUGCUGCUCGUGGACGUGCCACCGCGCAAGACAGUCCCCGCAGUGGUCAACAUUAUCGUGUCGCUGCAUCUGGCUAUGCUCAAAGCUUUCGCCCGAUCCAGGGUUGAUGAAGGAAUUAUGGAACAACUGGUGGCUUCACUGAAACACCCUUGUGGACCUGUGGCGUGGACAGGAAAGACGGCAGCCACACACAAACAGGCCAAGCUAACGACACUCUCAAAACUAACAGCCGCUCUCUCUCGACAAUGCACGUCCAACAAACUCAACGCCAUGAAACUGCAACUGGUGUCCAUGGAAUGUUCGUCCGACAUGUCCCAGAUGGAUCUGUUGACCGACACAGUUCAGAAGAUGAUUGACGCCAAUGUCAGCGAGGAGGAGCGCAAUUCACUUAUUUCCGACCUGCUCAAGUACCUUGGAGGACUCGACAAUGAGCUAAUUUUCCCCGGGGGAGCUCCAGAACCCAAAGCUGUCGACACCAUUCCUUCUGUAUCGAUAGUGGAAGCUCUGACAAAUUCGGGCUCCUUUUCAGAAGAGUUCUCCCUGCCGACCUUACUGAGAGCAGUCAAAGCUACCGAUAACAAACAGAUGGCGUCUCAAGCGACUCUAACGGCUAUUGAGGUGUUCUUUAAAAACACACACAAAGGCAUGGGUGAAGGAGGGGUGACUAACGACCAUAUUCGAGCCAUGAGUUCGUUACUGCAACUGCUGACGACCGGCGUGCAGAAUCUCAAUAUCAAGAAACUGCUUCCUUCCCUGUGUGACUACUCAAGUGCUAUUUUGAAGACCACUCAUGAGUCUGCCAAAUGCGAGUACGUUCAGGACUGCUUCAUUGCGGUUGGUGAUAGUCUUGUUGAGCUGAAAGACACAGCCAAGAUGGUGCUUCUUUCCAACCUGGUAUUCAAUCUUGGUCUCAAGUCGAAAAGGAUUGAUACUCAGAUUUCCCUGCUUCAACUGGCGUCUACGUUACACAAGUCAGCAGGAAUUUCCGAACAGUAUCUGAUGAAGUGUUCCAAGUUGGCAACCUUGCUGUGUGAAAACAAGCGGUGGAGUGAAGCCCUAAACCACUGCUCAUCGGUUAUUUCUUCAUUGAAGGACCAGACGAUCCUCUCUGAAGACGCUAUCGUCAUCAAAUUCAUCAAACUUCUCGCAUACCCCUUGUUGAACAUGGAUGACCAGGUAUACACGUUUUCUGAGCAGUCAGGACGACCUAUGGUGCAAAUCAAGCUGAUCCAGAUGCUUGUUGGAGUCAUCAGUCAGAGUUCCAGACUUAAGGGAGGCGUCCUUCAGCAGCUGUUCAAGUUUCAAUGUGACGUUCUUGUCGGCGAUGAAAAAUGGCUAGAUUUGGCUCGUCUGCUGACCAGAAAUCUUGCCGAGGCCACCUCACUACAUGAAGUGUCCAUUGACGUGCUCAAGAGUCUUAUUGGUGUCAAAAUCGACCGUACUCCCAUUGUGGACUUUCACCUGGUUGCUUUAGAGACCAUUUAUCUCCACAACCCUAACUUGGAUCACCUGCUACAUCUUGCCGGCACAAUCAAGCCAACUCCUGAAGAUGCGGAAAUCAUUUCCAUUGUCGCAAAGUAUGCUGCUUGCCAGUCGUUGUUCUCGCUCGAGCUGAAAUUGCACAAACAUACCAGCGACAAAUUGGCCCUGGCUCAGUGCUACUUGAAUCUCGGAGACGUUCAACGGUGCAAAACGACCCUAAAAGAUGCCAACGGAGACUCAGACAUUUAUUUUCAACUUCUCACCCAGCAACUGCAUGCAUCAAAUUUGUUGCUUGAGGGGCAGUUCGAAUCCGCAGUCAAACGGCUCACAAAACACACCCAUCUUGUGUCUGCACAUCCCGUGCUGUCACGUGACCUGGCGUCUGGUAAGACUGACUCCGAGUCUCCUCAAGAGUACUGCAUUCGUCUUACUUGCCAGGUUCGAUAUUGGCUGGUUCAAUCUCGUCUUUCAUUCGAACAAUCUCACUUGGAACAUGCCACUGCUACAGCCAGAAAGGCUCUUUCCCUGUCUCAAGCCUACCUUAAGCGGUACAGUAAGAGCAACAGCAGCAUCUUGAAGUUUUCUCAGCUACCUGUCUAUGUUUGGGAAAUGUGUAGUCUGAGUCUUCAAUCUGCAAUUUACACAACCACCACUCUUUUGCAUUUGGGCCUGUGGAGGGAAGCCGAACAGGUUAUCACUCAAUCAAUUGGCCUACACGAGUCUGUGGGUCACUUAAUCCAACUCUCUGAGGCACAGUCCCUUCUUGGCUGGCUUCAGUUGAAGAAGGGUGACUAUUCAGCCAGUCAGAACACCUUGGCAGCUGCAUGUGCAUCACGUGAACAUGACACAAUCGACGACGUAUCACGGGCACUUCUGUACGCUCGAGUGGGUGCCUUUCACUACAAGACUGGCGAGCUGGAAGAUUCGUUUGCUCAGUACGAACGCUCCCUUCAGGUGAUCAACUCGAUGAGCGAUUCUUCAGGCCUUUCACGUGACAUGUCGCAGCUGCGUGUUGAGCGACGCAAGAAGCCCGCUGCUUCCUCCACAGCAGGUGUCUUACCCGGCUUGAGACGUCUUGUUGCUCAAGUGGAGCGUCUUAAGGUCGAAUUGGAGCUUGUUCGGGAUCAGAAAGCCGCUAAACCGACCUUUUCCGGUCUGGGUAAAUAUGACCAGUGUCUGGAUCAACUGGUUGAGUCUCGAAUCUCAUUGUUUUCAGCUAGGAAGCUGCUUUCUUCAGACGCAAUCUUCAUGGGUCUAGAGGAGUCUGCUAUCAGCAUUCCCUCUGCCUCCAUCUGCGAUAUUGCUCUACAUCCCAACAAUAAUGUCCAGGCGGCUCAUGGAAUGCUUUGCAGCGCAAAAAAGUCGCUUGGAGAGAGAGUUCAGGACUUGUUCGAGUCCUCCUCGCAGAUUGAGAUUAACGAAGCAUUGUUCUUACUGUCUUCGUUAGACGUUUUUGUGUCCGCUCUUGGCACUACCACACAUACGACUUCCUGGCUGGAUUUCAGAGGUAUUGCUACUGAUAAAAGACGGCGGGUGCUGAGUAGUUUGACCGUGAGUGAAUGGACCACGGCAACUAUGCCUUCCACUCCUUCUCACGUCGAUCUCAAUGCGAAAUCUCUUCUUUCCAAGCUCCCCGACAACUGGAAUGUCAUUUCCCUCGCCAUUUGCCCUACUUCUGGUGAUCUGAUUGUCUGCCAGUACGCCUGCAACCAGGAACCAUUCCUUCUUCGGCUUCCACUUCAUCGUCACAACUCCCGGGAUGUUGAUGAGCAUCCAUUUCUCUUCUCCGAUGGUCUGGAUGAGCUCAAGAGUAUUAUUUCCGAAAGUGAUACCAUGACGCGAACUGGGACUGCUUUCCCUGGAGGUUCUGAAGCUUGGUGGGCCAAGCGUCAUGAGCUCGAUGCUCGCCUCAAACAGCUUCUCCACGACGCAGAGUUCUGCUGGUUUGGAGGCUUCCUUGGUAUUCUUGGAGAAACUGUCGGUUCUGGCUGCGAGUCUUUCGCCAAGUCGUUCAACCGCAUUCUGACUAAGCAUCUGCCCUCCAGAAACGGUACAGGACGACGAAAGAAGGGAUUCAAGCCCGUGACAAUUGAUCCCCGAGUUCUGUCACUAUUUCUGGGUAUGGGUAAGGAUGAUAUUGCACCUGAGCUACUGGAGGAUCUCGUCUACUUUGUGCUUGACAUUCUGCAAUUCCACGGCGAGUACAACGCUUAUGACGAACUGGACACUGACCAGAUCUUUGUUGAGAUCGAAGAAGCCAUUGGUCUUCAUUUCAGCGACGACACCAAAAAUAAACACAAGUACACCCAUACAGUGCUUGUUUUGGACUCCGCCACUACACAAUUCCCCUGGGAGAACAUGUCGAGCCUCUGUGGACGCUCUGUUUCUCGUGUUUCGUCUCUCCAAGUACUCAGCCAGCUUUUGGACACCUCUGAGCCCACUGGCAAGCCCUAUUAUAUUCUUAAUCCUGGCGGAGAUCUUCCCAGGACGCAGGGUCGGUUUGAGGAUGCUCUUUCACUUUUCUCGGGGGUUGUCGGCAAGCAGCCUAGUGAAUCUGAGUGGGUGAAGGCUCUGGAAACUUCUUCCGUCAUGAUCUACAUGGGCCACGGAGGAGGAGACAAGUACAUCCGAAACUCUUCUAUCUCCAAGCUUGAGCGGUGCUGUCCCACAGUUCUUCUGGGCUGCUCUUCCGGUGUGAUACGUGACGCAGGCGAGUUUGAGCCCUGGGGUAUUCCUAUGGCCUACAUGUCUGCUGGAUGUCCCUCUCUGGUAGCCAACCUGUGGGAUGUGACAGACAAGGACAUUGACAAGUUUGGGCGGCAGUUUCUGACCCGGUGGGGAGUGUUUGAAGACGACUCACUUGAUGGUUCUAUGGACUGUUCCAUGGCUCUUUCGCAGUCUAGAAACGAGUGUCUGUUGCGCUACCUCAAUGGAGCGGCUCCUGUACUCUACGGCAUUCCCACCUUUUACAAUCAGCAUUAA